AACCCCCCUUUCCUCCUGAAUUCCAUCAUCGACGUCGACGUCGUCCUCGACGAUGUUCAACCUAUCGACGCGCACCGCGAAUGCGCUGCGGCGGUUGGCCGCGGGCAUGGCCACCGCCGUUGAGCCCCGCAUUGGCGACACCAAGGUCGCCAUGUCGCUCUUCGAGAAGGAUGCCUACAUCAACUAUCAGCGGAUUGAGGACAACCUGAAGGUCGUUCGCGAACGUCUUCGGAGACCGCUGACGAUGUCGGAAAAAAUCUUGUACGGGCAUCUUGACGAUCCCCACACGCAAGAUAUCGUGCGGGGGACUUCAUAUCUGAAGCUGCGUCCGGACCGUGUCGCUUGUCAGGACGCCACGGCUCAGAUGGCUCUCCUCCAAUUCAUGUCGUCUGGAAUGGACACCGCGGCUGUUCCGACGACCGUGCACUGCGACCACUUGAUUGAGGCCCAGGUCGGUGGUCCCAAGGAUCUUGCGCGUGCUGUGAAGAAUAACAAGGAGGUGUACGACUUCUUGGCGACCGCCACCGCCAAGUACGGUCUCGGUUUUUGGCGGCCUGGGUCUGGUAUCAUCCACCAAAUCAUCCUCGAAAAUUAUGCCUUCCCCGGUGGUCUCAUGAUUGGUACCGACUCGCACACGCCCAAUGCUGGCGGUUUGAACAUGCUGGCUAUCGGUGUAGGCGGUGCGGACGCUGUCGACGUUAUGGCGGAUCUUCCUUGGGAGCUCAAGUGCCCCAAGGUCAUUGGUGUUAACUUGACUGGUAAACUUUCAGGCUGGACAGCUCCCAAGGACGUUAUCCUCAAGGUUGCUGGCAUCCUCACUGUCAAGGGUGGAACCGGUGCUAUUGUCGAGUACAAGGGCCCUGGUGUCGAAUCACUGUCUUGCACGGGUAUGGCCACGGUUUGCAACAUGGGUGCUGAGAUUGGUGCAACGACGUCCGUCUUCCCCUUCAACCACCGUAUGGUCGACUACUUGAAUGCCACCAAGCGUCCGGAGAUUGCCAAAUAUGCUCAGCGGUUCGCACCUAACCUGCAGGCUGACGAGGGCGCCGAGUACGACGAGCACAUCGAGAUUAACCUGUCUGAGCUUGAGCCUCACAUCAACGGUCCUUUCACCCCCGACCUGGCUACCCCUGUCUCCAAGUUCAAGGAGGAAGUGAAGAAGAACGGUUGGCCUGAGGAACUCAAGGUUGCUCUCAUCGGUUCUUGCACCAACUCCUCGUACGAGGACAUGUCCCGCGCUGCUUCUAUCGCCAAGGAGGCGGCCGAUCACGGUCUCCAGACCAAGUCCAAGUUCACUAUCACUCCCGGCUCCGAGCAGGUUCGCGCUACUAUCGAGCGUGACGGUCAGAUCGGCAUCUUCGAGAAGGUCGGCGGUCUCGUCUUGGCUAAUGCGUGCGGCCCCUGCAUCGGUCAGUGGGACCGUCAGGACGUCAAGAAGGGCGAGCCCAACUCGAUCAUCACCUCGUACAACCGUAACUUCACUGGCCGUAACGAUGCUAACCCCGCCACCCAUGCUUUCGUUGCCUCCCCCGAUAUCGUCACCGCUUUCGCUUUCGCUGGCCAGCUCACGUUCAACCCCUUGACUGACACGCUCAAGGGUGCUGAUGGCAAGGAGUUCAAGUUCUCUGAUCCCUCUGGCUUCGAGCUUCCUCCUCGCGGCUACGACCCUGGACAGAACACCUUCCAGGCUCCCCCGGCUGAUCGUGCCUCCGUUCAGGUUGCCGUUGACCCCAAGAGUGACCGUUUGCAGCUGUUAAAGCCCUUCGCUCCUUGGGAUGGCAAGACCCCCACCGAUCUCCCUAUUCUCAUCAAGGUCAAGGGCAAGUGCACGACUGACCACAUCUCGGCUGGUGGCCCCUGGCUCAAGUACCGUGGACACCUCGAGAACAUCUCCAAGAAUUGCUUGAUUGGUGCCAUCAACGCCGAGAACGGCGAGGCUAACAAGGUUAAGAACCAGAUCACUGGCGAAUACGGCCCCGUCCCCCAGACUGCUGAGUACUACCGCGACCACGGCAUCAAGUGGGUCGUCAUCGGUGACCACAACUACGGUGAGGGUUCGUCCCGUGAGCACGCCGCUCUCGAGCCCCGCUUCCUCGGCGGUCUGGCUAUUAUCACCCGGUCCUUCGCCCGUAUCCACGAGACGAACUUGAAGAAGCAGGGAAUGCUUGCCCUGACCUUCGUUGAUCCCGCCGACUACGACAAGAUCCGCCCCAGCGACAAGGUCGAUAUCUUGGGCCUGGAGAGCUUCGCGCCUGGCAAGAACCUGACGCUUCGUGUGAAGCACGAGGAUGGCUCGCAGGAGGAGAUCCCUCUCGCGCACUCGUUCAACGAGGGCCAGAUUGAGUGGUUCAAGGCUGGUUCAGCUCUGAACUUGAUGGCGAAGAAGCGCGCCGACGCUACGGCAUAGAGCGCUAGUUAGUACGUGAUGGGUGGAUGGAUGGGGUAUCCUGUCAUGAGCUAAUGUCUGACGCUUCUCUCAUUGUGUUCCGCUGAUUCAUCAAUCUCUUAUAAUGUAGUCUAUUAGCUGUCCUGUUUUCUUUCGUGUUCCUGUGUAAUGAGUAUGCAAUGACAUUGCAAAUUACUAAAUGCGGAUAGGAUAUUACGGUCUGCGUCGGACAAGC